AUGUCUGAUAGUGAAAAAUUUAAGAUAUCGAAUUUAACUGGGAGAGAACUUACAGAAUGUGAUAUAGAAUUACUUUCUAAACAAAGUACAUGUCCACCGACAGUUCUUAAAAGUGCCACAAUGUUAUCUAGAAAAAAUUGGGAUAUUUUUUAUAAAAGAAAUAAAGAUAACUUUUUUAAAGAUAGACAUUGGUCGAAGAGAGACCUUGAGGAAGCCUGUCCUGAUUUGGAUUUUCUUUUACCUUUAACUUAUCUUGAAGUUGGUUGUGGAGUUGGAAAUAUGUUAUUUCCUAUAAAAGAAUAUUUUCCUCAUUGGGAUGUUUAUGGUUUUGAUUUUAGUGAUAAUGCUAUAAAUAUUGUUAAAGAAAAAGGAAUAUCAACAAAUGUUAAUGUUAAUGUUUGUGUUUUAGAUUUAACUGAUUCUGAAAAAGUAGAAGAAGUUAGUAAUAAAUUUCCUUUAGUAGAUAUUAGUACAUUAAUUUUUGUUCUCUCUGCAAUAGAACCAUCUAAACAUAAAUUAGCAAUUGAAAAUAUGUUAAAGUUUAUCAAGAAAGGUGGUAUAAUAUUUUUUAGAGAUUAUGGAUUAAAUGAUAAUGCUAUGAUAAGAUUUGGUUGGGGAACUAAAAUUGAUGAAAGAUUUUAUGUACGUUCAGACAAUACAACUUCUUAUUUCUUUACACUUGAUGAAAUUAAAUCUUUAUUUACCAGUUUUAAUUGUGAAGUAAUUUGUUGUGAAUAUCUUUUAAGAAAAACUACAAAUCAUAAAAAGAAUCUUUCUGUUGAUAGAGUUUUUGUACAAGGAGUUUUUAAAAAAUUAUAA